CGACCCAUCCACUUCCGGGUCCCCCUUGGCGGACUUCCGGUGGCGGCUGCGACGGCGGCAGCCUCACAUCCAGCGCGUCUCUGCCACCAUAAACAAUACACAUCACAUCCCAUCCUAUCGAGUCCCUUACCGUCUACCAAGAAAAUCGGACGCGUACUUAAGUUCUGUGCGCGCGCGCGCUUUCUCACUUCGCGCGACCGACCAAUCACCACCAACAAUACCCAUUCGUAUUUUCAACAACAAAACGACACACCGUUUUCGCCGUAGCUUUGUUUUCCCUUCUUUUCAAUCUUAUUUAUUUUGUUCAUCAUUUUUUAUUUUCUUUAUUUAUUUUUGGUUUUUAACCAUUUUCCGAGCGCAAUAGAAUGAACCAUAAACUAAUCACACUUCAUACUAGUUCAAUCAUUGACGCACGGCACACUAUGGCGUAAAUCAAUACGGUGACAAACAACAAAAACAGGAACAACAACAACAGAACAAGUGCGUGAUCUUAGUUGUUCAUGUGCGGAAACUCGGCCUACCAAAGCGGUGCAAUGUCCGAAAAAUGAGAACUGUCAUAACGUUGGUGGUGAUUCUUUUCUCAUCUUUGAAUUUUGAAUCAUGGGUUUACGGCAAAAUCUCCAAUCUGAAUCAGCAAAUGGCCAUGCAGUCGACGCUGCCCAUAGCCUCAAUCUUUGACAAUACUGUCUGCAGGACGAUUCCAGGCUUCACCAAGUUCCAGCAGGAGCUGUGCUUCAAGCAGCCCGACGUCACGGUUGCAGCACUACAAGGACUCCAGGAGGCUAUGUCCGAGUGUCAGCAUCAAUUCCAAACGCACAGAUGGAACUGCUCAACUUUAGCUAACAAACAGAACCCCUACACCAGUUCCAUUCUGAAGAAAGGUUAUAGAGAAACAGCGUUUGCGUAUGCCCUUUCGGCGGCUGGCGUGACUAUAUCAGUGGCGAAAGCGUGCAGCCAGGAGAGACUAGUCAAUUGCGGAUGUGAUCAUCGGCCCUACCGGGUAAAGGGCGCUUCGAAAUCUCCAUGGAAAUGGGGCGGAUGCUCGCACAAUCUCCAGUACGGCAUACGCUUCUCAAAAAUGCUUCUCGACAAUAAGGACAGAGCCUCUGAUCUUCACUCCAAGAUUAUUGUACAUAAUAACCAAGUUGGGCGCAUGGCUGUGUCCAACAACAUGCAAAUCAAAUGCAAAUGCCACGGGAUGUCUGGCAGUUGCGGACUGAAAACGUGCUGGCGUUCUGCACCAGAUAUCAGGCAUGUAGGUCGACUUUUAAAGGAGAGAUACCGAGGUGCUAUACUUGUGGAUCAAUCCAAUUUGGGUAGCGACAGUACUCAAACUUUCAAUGUAGUGAAGCAGGCCAGAAAAAGGCGCUUGAAAUCCAGUUCUAAAUUCAAAGAGUGGACCAUCCGAAAUAAAAACAAAAAGAAGACAAAUCUUGCAUAUGAUCUAUUAUAUUAUCAGAGAUCGCCGAAUUUCUGCGAACGCGACAACAAUCUGGACGUAAGCGGAACAAUGGGUCGACAAUGCAACAGGAACAACACUGGUUCCGACAGUUGUGGUUCUCUAUGCUGCGGAAGAGGAUACAAUUUGGUGCGAAGACGACGGACAGAGAGAUGCAACUGCAAAUUCAUGUGGUGCUGCACCGUCGAAUGCCAAACCUGCACUGUCGAGGAAUGGAUCACAGUUUGUAAAUAGUCACGCUACGCUUUCUGUACAUUGUAUACUACAUUAUUUAGUAUUGUAAAUAAUAAUAUGUACGCUUCCAUAAAUGCACCAAAACGACUAAGUCAAAAUCAUUUAUGCAACAUGUACAUAUCAUUCCUUUACAUCGAAGUGUCUCUGCCGAUUUACGGUGUACAUAAAUGCGAAUCGAACAUCGAUUGCAUAUAAAUCACGUAAACUAGAUAAGCUAAUUAUUUAUGUAACGCAAAUUUUAUGUA